AGCACUCUCUCACUUCUAGCCAGGGAACGUGGAAGGCGACAGGAAGCCAGCCAGGGAGGGGGAGUGAAAGAAGGAAAUUAGAAAGAAAAGGGGUUAACAAAAUAAUAAAAACAGCCUGAGCCACGGCUGGAGAGACCGAGACCCGGCGCAAGAGAGCGCAGCCUUAGGGGAAGAGAGAGCAAGCGACUCAGCAGAGCGCGCUCAGCACCGACUUUUGCUUCUGCUUCUGCCUUUUUUUUUUUUUUUUUUUUUUUUUGGUAGCAAGGCGCUAGCGGCAGCCUCACACGCGAGCGCCACGCGAGGCUCCUGAAGGGAGGAGGGGAGGGGGGAGGAGGAGUGGAGGGAGGACGAAAAGCAUUUGCACCUUCUUUGCUCCCACCCUAAGAAGUCUCCCCGGGAUUUGUAUUUUUUAAAUUUCCCUACGGGCUCCCUUUUCAUUUCUCUCCUUCUUUCCCUCUCUGUUCGUGCACCCAAGUCCUGUCUGUGUCUCCCUCCCUCGCGCCCUCUCCUCGUGUCCCCGCUUGGUCCUAUCCCGCGACUCCUUGGCCACCGCUGCGCAUGGAGAGCUCUGCCAAGAUGGAGAGCGGCGGCGCGGGCCAGCAGCCCCAGCCGCAGCCCCAGCAGCCCUUCCUGCAGCCGGCAGCCUGCUUCUUUGCUACCGCCGCAGCUGCGGCGGCGGCGGCAGCGGCAGCCCAGAGCGCGCAGCAGCAGCCGCAGCAGCAGCAGCAGGCGCCGCAGCUGAGCCCGGCAGCCGACGGCCAGCCCUCAGGGGGCGGUCACAAGUCAGCGCCCAAGCAAGUCAAGCGACAGCGCUCGUCCUCACCCGAACUGAUGCGCUGCAAAAGGCGGCUCAAUUUCAGCGGUUUCGGCUACAGCCUGCCGCAACAGCAGCCCGCCGCCGUAGCGCGCCGCAACGAGCGCGAGCGCAACCGCGUCAAGCUGGUCAACUUGGGCUUUGCCACUCUGCGGGAGCAUGUCCCAAACGGCGCGGCCAACAAGAAGAUGAGCAAGGUGGAGACGCUGCGCUCGGCAGUCGAGUAUAUCCGCGCGCUGCAGCAGCUGCUGGACGAGCACGACGCCGUGAGCGCCGCCUUCCAGUCUGGCGUCCUGUCGCCCACCAUCUCCCCCAACUACUCCAACGACAUGAACUCUAUGGCCGGCUCGCCGGUCUCAUCCUACUCCUCCGACGAGGGCUCUUACGACCCGCUCAGCCCGGAGGAGCAAGAGCUGCUCGACUUCACCAAUUGGUUCUGAGGGGUUCGGCCUGGUCAGGCCCUCGUGCCCGAGGACUUUGGAAGCAGGGUGACCUCACAACCUGCAUCUUUAAGUGUUUUCCCCUCAGCAACGUUGGGAGGGAGGAAGAAGGGGGAAAAACAAACAAAAAGAUGGAGAAGAGAAAGAAGAGAAGGAAAAAAAAAAAAAAAACCCAGGCAAGCAACCUCAACGCCGCUAAGCAACGCAUGCGGGAACUGCAAGACUCUCCGAGAACAGGGAUGCGCUCAGAACAGUAUCUUUAUACUCCAAUCAUUUACGGAGAUAUUAAGAGCGACUAGGACCUGAGUCAACGCACAAAACGCAGCUUGUGUGGAAAACCAGUGCGCUCCUGGCGGAAGCAGCACACGCCCUAUAGAAACUCCCACCCAUCACUAACACAGUUGAAAGUGCUUGCUUGGGUGCAUACACCAUCCUGCCCUCUGUCUCAGCUCAGUUCUUAGCCCUCUAGAAAUGGGUUGAUGUCUCAUCCCAAUAAACUGUGGACAUCUCUCUGCAGUGAAACUACGUGAUACUUAGUUUUUUUGAAAUCCCUCUCCUCUGGGACCCACUCCCCCAAGCCCUAAGCCCUCCCUCACACCGUCUUUUCCACCAUUUUCAUCAUAGAAUGCUUCCAAUCUUUUGUGAAUUUUUUUUUAUUAUAAGAAAAUCUAUUUGUAUCUAUCCUAACCAGUUUGGGGAUAUAUUAAGAUAUUUUUGUACAUAAGAGAGAAAGAGAGAGAAAAAUUUAUAGAAGUUUUGUACAAAUGGUUUAAAAUGUGUAUAUCUUGAUACUUUAACAUGUAAUGCUAUAACCUCUGCAUAUUUUAGAUGUGUAGUUCACUUUACACCUGCCAUUUUCCCUAUGUGGUUUUGUAGAGAACUUUCCUCAUAGGUGAGAUCAAAAGGCCACCAGAUGGACUUCAGCACCAAUGUGUCUUACUUUAUAGAAACUUUGUUAAUGUAUUAAUGAUGUUAUUAAAUACUGUUCUAGAAGAACAAAGUUUAUGCAGCUACUGUCCAAACGCAAAGUGGCAGCCAGUUGGUUUUGAGAGGUUGCCUUUUGGGAAAUUUCUAUCACUGCCUUUUUUUUUCUUACUGUUUUAUUACAAACUUACAAAAAAAAGAACAUGUAUAACCCAGUUUUAUACAAACUAGUUUCGUAAUAAAACUUUUUCUUUUUUACAAAUGAAAA